AAUGUCCCAUUUGGAACAAGUAGAGAGAGCAUAUCUGCUCAAUCUGAUUGGGUGGGCCCAGGCCCACCUGUGCCUACGCUGCUGGACAGAAGACCCAUCUGCCCCUCAGUAGAAGUACCCUGGCACCCCCAUGGGCCCUACAGGAUCAAGGGAGUGUGCUCCUCGCCUAUACCCUCCAUUUACGUUGGGUGACCAGUUCUACAAAGAGGCCAUUGAGCAGUGCCGCAGCUACAAUGCCCGCCUGUGUGCCGAGCGCAGCGUGCGCCUGCCCUUCCUGGACUCGCAGACUGGUGUGGCACAGAACAACUGCUACAUCUGGAUGGAGCGCCACCACCGCAGCCCUGGGGUGGCUGCAGGUCAGAUGUAUACAUACCCUGCCCGCUGCUGGAGGAAGAAGAGACGGCUGCACGCCUCCAUGGACCCUCGUCUACGCCUCUGUGGCCUACAGCUAGAUGGAGGACUCCCAGGCAAGGAUACGCUUCCCACACAGGACACCACACUGGAGGCUCUUCUUAGAGGGGAGGGCCUAGACCAGAGGACCAACUCUAAGGAUGAGGAGAGUCUCCUAGAAAUCCAGAGGGUGUUGGAGGCUGACGCAGCUGAAGGUGCAUACAAUGACGAUGACUAUGAAGUGGACCCCCCCAAAAAAAGACACAGAGGAAAAGGCAGAGGUCGGGGUUCAGGCCGCAGGAGGACAGAGAUGGAAGACCAGGACAAGCCAUACGGCUGUGACAUCUGUGGGAAGCGCUACAAAAACCGUACGGGGCUGAGUUACCACUACACCCAUUCCCACCUGGCAGAGGAGAGGGGGUCCGAGUCCUCCCAGUCACCCUCCACACAACGCUCCGACAGACACAAACGUCAGAAGGGCCCAGGUGGGUCUGCCAGUACCAAUAACUACUGUAACUUGUGCCGGUGCACACCAGGCUCCAACAGGGGUAAAUCUGGGGAGAGGGUACCCUGCUCAGUCUGCCGAUGCUCCACUGGAUGCCCAGAAGAGAAGGAGGACAGCAGGCCGUUUGCCAGGGCAGAAGAACUGUUUGGCACCACCUCAGAGAGCGACACGUCCACGUUUCACGGCUUUGAGGACGAUGAGCUUGAAGAGCCCUCGUCAAACGGCAAGGGGACAUCCAACCGAUACAGAUAGAGAAGAACUUACUAGGUUUAAAGACUAUUUUUAAUAUGGAUAACCUCUAGCAAAAGUCUGCUGCUUCUUUUUAAAUGUUUUUGUUGUUGUUGUGGAAAGCACAAGUGAUUAUUUCAGGAGAGAAAUGCAAGAAGUGUUAUUUUAUUAUCUACUGAACCUUGUUUAAUAAUUUAUGAACAUGUUUUUUAUAUUAACUUUGAAAGCAACAAGAAACAGUGUUUCUUGACAAGUGACUUGCUCUUCAUGUGAAACUGAAGGAAGAAUCACUUCUUGGAUUUUUUUCCCCCUGGAACAGAAAAGGCAAUUAUGUUAUAAACAAACACUGGAACGUGGAUAUCAUUGUAUUGCUCUUUUUGGGAUGAUUUGCCAGUGAAAAUUAAAUUCAAUAAUUUAUCAUGAAAUUAAACAACUUAAAUGAUAAACUUGAGUUUGGAUGGGGAAUGAAUGUCAACACCAACCCAUCCCUCGGCUUGUUGAUGUCACUGGAAUCACCAGGCAGUUUGGAAAGAGGAGCUUUUAGAUGACACCUCCACUGCUUCCUUCUCUGGAUUAUAAUAAUGUGGCAAUGAAGGAGUGGAGGAUUGACGUGUGUGGAUGAAGCAGAGGGCUAGGAAGGCAUAACAGAAGCAGGGCAUGGCUAGCUGAAAGGCGUACCAUGGAAUGAAGAUCCAGAGGGCUGUGAAGCCAGUGAGGGGUGAGGUUCAGGACCCUCAACACUGGGCCUCUACAUACCCCUCCACUGGACUCAAAAAAUCUAUCUGGCUGACAGUCAGACAACAUAUAGCCAUCCAGCCAGCCUGCCAGCUACCACACAACCCCAUACUCUCUGACAUUUUCUCUUUGAAUUUCCCCCCUGAGAAUAUGUAUUGAUUAUCCCAGACGGAACGUAGAAAACGAGUGGCUCCACAUACAGUGAGUCUCUCCUGCACUGCAAUGCACUGUGCUGUACGGUACCUAUCCUGUAAUAAGGAAAGGUCAGGGCUGUGGGUUCUCUGCCCACAGAGUGUGUUUGAACCCUGUGUGUUGCUACUCUACGGCUGUGUCCACCAUGCCCAUGGGAUCCAAUAUGACACUGAGACGUCAUUAACUUCAUCACUGUGCCAGCCUGCGACCCAGUUGGGAACCAGCUCUGACGGCCAUAGUGACCCAGUGACCUGAUUGAACCACUCUGACCUCUAACUUCUGACCCCUGCCAUAGCGACGGUGCUGAACUCCCUCCGUCACUAAUACAACAAAACCUCUGGACUACUUAGACAUGCUCUUUUCUCCUCUCUCUUCUCUUGCUCUCUUUAAUGUCAAACUAAUGUAGAGUUUGCUUUAAUCCCAUCCAUCCUCAUGUUUCAGAACUGUGCUAUAUUCCUUCGUUUUGAACAGAAUAUUGACAGAUUGGGUUCUUAGUGUCAUUUAAGUGUAUCUGCUGAUUAUUCUGAUGUCUUCUGUUUGUUCUGGCUUUGUUGAUAUGUCUUUCUACAAUACCUACUAUUACUACUACUACAGUACUACUACUCAGGCAUAUGAUGUGUACUGCUGUUGAUUGUUCUUGUGUCUGCAUAAUGAUGCAGUCAGUAUCAGGCCAUUCUCCCCUGCCUGCCUCAUGAUAUAUUCUAUUGGUCAAAAGGAUAUAAAUAACUGAUGAGGGUAUUGACAAGGAAUCAGAAAGGGCAAUAAAAUAAAAUGAAUGCCACAGAGUUUAGUCAUCACACUAACACAUAUCUAUUUAGCCCAGCUUUAACAAACCAUUGCAAUAACAAAACAUUCUGAACUCUGCCAUUCUGAGUUCUUGGGCACAUUACUCAAAUUUCUCUGAUUCCUCAAACACUUUUGUCCAGAAUCACUUAUUGGUAACUGCCAAAAUAAAGAAAAUGCUUCACAUAAAUGAGGGAUACAAAGUAUAUUGAAAGCAGGUGCUUCCACACAGGUGUGGUUCCUGAGUUAAUUAAGCAAUUAAAACAUCCCAUCAUGCAUAGAGUGAUGUAUAAAAAUGCCCAGUUGCCCAGAUUUGUUUUGCUACCAUGGCUAGAAGAAGUGAUUUUGAAAGAGGGGUCUCAAAAGAGCAUAGCUAGGGGGUUAAAAGUGUUUGGGUGUGUGUCCAUGUGUGCAUGCUUGCACUUUUUAAUGGAUGGGGAUAAGCAAUUGAACACUUAUUGGAGAUUCUGGAGUGGCGCCUGAGACAGCGUUUUCCACCACCAUCAACAAAAUACCAAAUUAUGAAAUUUCUCAUGGAAGAAUGGUCUUGCAUCCCCCCAAUAUAGUUCCAGACACUUGUAGAAUCUAUAAUCUAUUUGAUCUGUUCUGGCUGUUAGUGGUGUCCAACGCCCUAUUAAGACACUUUAUGUUGGUGUUUACUUUAUUUUGCCAGUUACCUAUACAUGCCAUGUGUACAUAAUGCGAGGAGAGUUAUGUACAAUUGCAGAAGAGCUGUAAAACAAUGUUACGUGACAUUUUGAUUUGAGUGCUAUAUUAGGCAUAGAUACUUUAUGAAGUGUAAAGGGUGCUUGGGAUAUUGAGCCAAAAACAUGUUGAUGUAUUGUAUAUCUGUCACACAAAGUCAUGUGUCCUUCCAUGUGGUCAUAUGAGCAAGUUGUUAGUUGUUCCAUUAGCUAAAAUAACCUGAAAAUGCAAGAUAGCAUUUAAAUAGAAAGGGAUGUCUUAAAUGUUGGCACAUUAGACACUCACUUACAAUACACAUUCUUAACACUGAAUUCCCUCAGGGACACCUUCAUCCACAGUUUCUAGGUCUUUUUUUAUGGAUAAUUAUUUUGGUAAUCAGCAACAACCUCCCUAUCAAUUACAUGGUCACCAGUCGUUUUGGAAUGACAACCCGGUACUGAUGUAGGAUCUUAAUUUGACCUUUAUUGUCGCAGCAAAAUAAUUCUACAGCAACAGAAUUUUAAUGUUUAGUCCAUAAUUUUGCCUGAUCGGUGGUCAGGCUAUUAGCUAGUCAAAAUGAGGCUACAUGAAAAGUGUUAUAUUGUUAAUAUAACUGUGUUAGUGCAGGUUUUCAAUGAAUUAAUCUGCAAAUUCUCAGCAGCAAAAGAGUGAUCAAAUUAAAGUCUUACAUCUGUAUUAACCCGCCUGGAGUCAGCGGAGAGUGUGUGGUUUAUGGUUAACGUUUUCUUUCACUGGUGACUUCCUCUAACAAACGGGUCUAGCAUGGUGCACUUCCAAACAACACUCAUUAAAGUCAGUGAUGUCUGUAUAGAAACAAGUGUCAUCACCACCAAUCAUAUAAUCUUGCAUAGCCUGUAUACCUCGUCAAAGACGGCAAUAACCCAAGAGCUCUCAGCAAGCCUUCCUGAGUUAGCGGGGAGUGCAGGGGUUGGAAUGGAGCCAAGAACAGAUGAAAUGGACUUGACCGGUCAUUUUAUCUUCAACUGUAAAUAACUAAAAUCGAGAGAAUGAAGUCUUUGUUUGUUAAACUAUUUUUAUUGUAAUGAAAGAAAAUAAAGAAUGAGACUCCGCCCA